AUGAUUUCAAAGAAGAGUUUUAAAGUUAAUUUACCUUUUCACAAUAUUUUAGCAAUCACAAUAACUAUAUGUACUCUGCUUGAUUUGACUAACUGUCAGACUUGCUAAUUAACUGGUUUGUCACCCUCAACACCAAACAUCCCUCUGUAAUAUUGCACUAUGUACCAAACUAACGCAUGUUGUAAUUCGCUUCAAGACUAAUAGAUAAAGGCCUUAGCAUAAGGAUAUUUUUCUUCAAGAUGUUAAGGUCGUUACCCAAGCUUAAAGUAGUAUUUUUGCUUUGGAUGUUCACCAGAUUAACCCAAAUACACAUCUACCAAUGCUCAAGGGAAAAAGGUUCUCAAAGUAUGCUCAAACUUCUUCUCUUCAAAAGUCUGGGGUGCUCCACUAAACGAAAAAACAGUUAAGUAUGACCCCUGCGGACUCUAAAUUACACUUAAUGGCUAGUAAUAGAUUGUAACAGCCUCGACUCAAUAUCCAUCGGCAUAGGACUUCGUUAAUAGCAAUCAACCCAUUUUUCUUUCAGACUUUUUGAUAGAAUUUGACGAUAAAAACUGCUUGAUAGGAAGUAUUUUGAAAAUAAAUUGGUUCAACACUUUUGGUGGUUUGGCUAUUUAUUUUUUAAUAUCUAUUCUAUUUAUUUGA